GACGAUUUGACGCACUGAUUUGACGUAACAGAUUUAUAAACGACAGAUCGAAAUCGGCUGUUUAAUUUUAGCAAUAAACAUUUUUACUGAAUAAAAUAUUUAAUAUUAAAUGAACGAUACAUAACGAUGGAGCAACCGAACUUACUGGACAUAGUUCCAGAUCAACUCUUUCAAACUUAUUCCAUAAAUGAGAUAGAUCAGGUACAGAAAAAACUCCAGUAUGAAAUAGAAAGAAAAAGAGAAGAAUUACGAGCUAUGGUUGGAGAAAGAUACAGAGACCUGAUCCAUGCGGCAGAUACAAUAGAGGAAAUGAGAGAAACUUCAAGUAGUACUUUAAAACACAUAAAUGAAAUGAUGGUAGCUUGUAAGAACCUACACGACACGCAUUUAGUGGGAUUCAAGAUAGAUGAAAGAAGUAUCCAGAAUCAGAGUUUUCAGGCCACUGCAGAUCCUGUACAUUCCAUAUCAGUUCAAAUAAAACUGUUGAUGGAAAUACCAGAAAAAAUUUGGAAGUGCAUACAUGCUAAUGAUUUUGUGAAAGCCGCUCAGUUGUUUAUUAUGGCUAGACAUAUAAAUACAGGUUUGAAACUUCAUAUUGGCGGUAAAAAUGUAAAGCCAGGAAUGCAAUCAUUGCAGAGGCUAGUUCAACAACAAUGGCACUCAGUGUCUAACCUUAGCCAGACUAUUGUAGACAUGUGUGGGCAAAGGUUGCAAGAUGUAGAUAUUAGUGUUGAGGUUGCCUGUUCCUGCCUAGUUGGACUAUAUUUACUAGAUUCCCAAACAAUGGUACAAUUACUGAACACACUCAUUGGCCUCCACAGUAAUAGCAGUCUCAAAUCAACAUUACAGUUCGACCUUGCACAGAUACUAGAAGGCGAUGUCAAAGCACAGAUUAAAAAGAAAAUCGUCAAUGGUGUAAAAAUUGUUUUAAAGACUGUGGAACUUGUCUAUGCUUGUUUUGUGGAAAAUGAAGGAGGGGUAGUGUUGGUGAAACUUAAUGAACUAUUUAAAUCAAAUUCACAACCUUUGCUCGAAUUGGUUCAAUUCAGUGAUCCCGCGGCUUUAAAAUUAUUGCCUUCGGCUGUAACGAGUUACAGGUUAUCAUCAAACAAAGAACUACAGCCACUAGCGAAAAGCGAAAUAACAGGCUCGGUACAAAAGUGGAGUGUUUGGGUUAAAACAUUUAUCAAUGAAAAUGUUCAAGCACUAUUGCAGAACAUCACAAGAGUGAAAGUGUUACACGAAAUACGUCAAGAGACCUUCAAAAUUGAAUCCCCACCAAACUGGAGUUCGAUAUGCCAAUCCUUAGACAUUCCGGAAGUACAUGUAUGGUGUCAUUACUUCCAACCCUUACUGACAUCCCGUGUCAAAGCGAUCAUAGACAAUCGAUGGCAGAAAAUCUAUGAUUCUUUUAAGACUCAGCUGUUAGUGGACUUAAUAAGGGUGUCUUCAGACGGCGAGGUUGAAAAAGAGGGGGAUAUCAAUUGGUUCGUGUGGAAGGAUCUUAUAGGCGAUACGGUUAUUGAGUCCAGGAGUGAAGUUGUUAGAGUUAUGAAUGGUUUGAUGAAAGGAAUGUCGCGCCAAGACCGUGGCUUCACACCAAAUUUAGAGAAACUCUGCCAAACAUUGGACGAUGAACUUCAGAAACUUUUAGAUGAUUUAAAAGAAUAUUUGUACAAAGAUAAAAAGCUCGUAAAAGAUAAGCUUUACGUGUACGACUAUGAUGAAGAUUUGGAUCAAGUUUAUAUUGACAGAAGCGAAAUUGAGGAAUAUUUAAGAGAUGCAUCCGACAGACACAUACAAAGCAUGCUACAAUAUAUAAAAGCGUGCUUCGAGGAACAAACGCUUCAAUCAACAGAAUUACAGAGGAAAACAACAGCUAUAUACACGGCGAGAUUCGUUCAAGCAAUAACUGUCCUCAUACACAACUUACGUAAAUGUUACAUUAAUGAGGAAUAUAAAACAGUUUUAACUGUAAAUGAAGAUGGUUUGAAGAGUUGGAAUAAUAUUUGUGGAGUUUUGAAGCAGAAUUAUCUGUUUUGUUGGGGGAAAUGGCUGGAUUUAGUUGAUUCGAAGAUACGGAAUUUGACCCAAGAUUUGCCUCAGGAGUUUACAUUGGAAGCGAAUAUCGAUUAUUUGAUGAUGCAAUGGGAUGUGAUAAAAAUUGAAGAGAAGGACGAAGAAGGCAAUGCAAUAGAAUCAACAAUCAAAGUACCGGCUUGUCCUUCGUUAAAACUACAAGAAUACCUCUACGCAAUUAGCCGAAUACUAGACGAAGUGGUCCCUCAUACAUUACCAUCAGAAAUACACACAACCUUCAUAGAGAACACUAUAUCUAUCACACUCGCACAUUACAAUAAAGUCAUAAGAGAAAAAGAGAAAGAUAUAAAUCAGAGGUGUGCGCUUCAACUCCUAAUGGAUGUAAGACAUUUGACGUUACUGAUGGUUCCAAGAGAGAAUAAGAAGGCAAUGGAUAUGUCUCACGACAUAUGUGAGUUUCUGAGGCAGAAAAUAGACCCCUUCGACUAUGAUGUUUUCUAUCCAUAUAUACAAACUAAUUUGAAGAGAUCGGUUCAAAGAGUUCAGACAUUAUUAGGUAGUCUGAUCCUCCAUCACGGCCAGUUAACCGGUAUAAUCGGAACUAAACCGGUACUAUCCGGCGGUAGCGGAGACAAGGCCGCAACACUACUGGCAGCAGUCGACACCCACUGGUUCUCAAUACUGCCUGUCGCUACCCCGGCUAGUGUUCACAAGAAACAGGAGAAACAGGUAAAGAAGAAAACCGUAUCUGCGAGUCCGAACAAGUCAAGAUCGGAUAUUUCUGAUCUCAUGACGAGUUCCUUGCCGAUAAACUUCGCGAACGCUCGAUCGGGGGCAGCGUCCUUCUUCAAUUCUAUGACCUCAGACUGGUUCAGCGGUUAAUAUAUAAUUUUGUUUGAAGGCUGUUUUACUUGCUAUAACUACGACUGUAUUGGCGUUUUUAUGCAUUUAGAUGAUGAACUUUAGCAAUGGUUGAAAUAGUUAUGACUUAUUUUGGUAUUAAAUGUCAGCUUUUUUUUUUUGUUUUC